UUGUAAAUUAUAUUAAUUCACGAGAGAUUUGAGCUGUAAAGCUGCGGUAUGUAGCUUUUACAAAGAGCAUGAUUAUUUUACAUAUUUAUUAGAACUGCCAAAAGAAAUGUCGGCCUUUCCCCUGUGGUCCUACUGCCAUCUGCAGAGCUCAGUCAAAAACAACCAAUCAGAGCCAGGCGGAGGGUCUCUGUAAUGUUAGUCACCUCCUGUACGCGCUGCUCACAGGAGCAGCAUAUACAAGUGCAUGAUUGACAGCGCUACACUUGUAAACAUUUUGUGUACAGGUGAGGACUGGAGGUGGGAAGAGAUGAAGUGGUGCAUGAAUGUGUGAAGGAGAAAAUGAACCUGUUCUGUUUAAACCUUCUUGUUAUGCUUUGAGGGACAAAGAGAAGUUUUCAUGUUCUGACCCGAAUGGUUCCGGCCAGACACCGAGUUACCUAAACUUUGAAGUCAUACUCUGAUUGUGGAAACUUUUGCAGACAUCCCAUCCUGUCUGCUGCAAAACAACCAUAAAUUAACAAGAACAUGUCAAAUGAAGGUUGUCCAAAUGACUUUGGACAAGGUUGCAUUUGGUGUACAAGGCAAGAGUGUUUCUGUUUUGUUUCCUUGGAGCACAUGCUGUUAUUUUUAGUUAGUUGUUUAUUAAUCCAUGCUGCUGUAGGCCACUAUGAAUAAUGUUGAUUUUAUGCUAUUUCAGUCAGUGUUGUGAUUAUUGUUCUAACGUUUUCUUUAAAGUAGUGUCAAAAUCUGGACACACAGUGUUGCAUUUUCAACUUAAGACUGACAAACAUAAAUGUUACCUAAACUUUAACACGAUGCCCUCAUUUAUUCAGCUCAUUUUAGUUGAUUAGUGUGUAAAAAGUGCAUCUGUGCUUGAUCCAUAUUUGGAUCAAGUACAGAUGCUUACUUAAAAACAUAUUUUAGGAGUUCAUCUGGCCCAGAUAACCUAAUGAUGAACUGAUUCUUUCAUCCUUAGAAAUAGAAGAGCGUGCAGAUUAUUUUUGCUCUAGUCGCUCUAGUUGGUAAUUCCGUCUUGGUCGGCACUCAGCUGAUGAGCUUCUAUAAGGAAUCUGUUCCCCAACAUUACACUGAUAUAACCACCCAGCCAGCUGAUAAAGUGUAAUAGGAGCAGCUGCUGUAAAGAGUGAGCUGCUGGUGUGUAGGAACAGCCUGUGGAGGGCGCUGUUUCUCACCAACAGACACCCAGAUUCCAUAGAUGAGGCUGUAAACGAGACUUAGAGAAUGAUCGGGAAGAUUCUUUCUCAUCUGCUUGGGAAUGCUGGAGAGGAGUCUGAAGCAGUAGGUGGCGCCAACGAGGAGCUCCUGGAGUUUGAAGAGGAGGAAUGGGUCAUUGUUAACAUCCCAGGAAGCGGACCCCUGCCGGCCCCUGAUGCGGACCCUCUGGAGAACCUGCUGAUAGAGCAUCCCAGCAUGUCUGUCUACCAGAUAAGGAUGCAGGGAGCAGAGGAGGAGGAGGAGCUAGCCUCAGAUGAUGAUGAAGAGGAAACCUCUAGGCCGCUGGCUGUGAGGCGGCACAUCUCCUGGCAUCUGGCCGCCUGGGGGAAUCCUUUGCCAUGUGGCCUCCAGCUGCAGGCCAUGCAGAGAGCCAGGAGCCAGGCCCAGAGAAAGAAGCUGAGUCGCAGCGCCCUCCACAGGCACAACAUGACUAAGACACAGUUCUCACCAAAGGACAAAGGAUAUGGCAACAUAAGGCGUCCUUCCCCGCGCCUCUACAACUACUGACAUGCAGGGAUCAACCUAGACAGGAUGCAUGAGAUGCCCUCACCUCCAAUCAUCAGCUCAGUAUGGCUCUGAAUUACUCAGGUUCUCUGUCAUGAAUCCACUCUGCAUUUGCCUCAUAACUACAUAGGAAGACAUUUAAGGUCCUCUGCCUCAAAGAUGAAGCCAUGAGAGUUUGCUAUAAGGAGCUGUGAACUGCUGCCAUCAGGUCUAUUAACUAGUGACCUCAGCCUCAACACAUGUAGUUGGAAUGGAUCUUUAGAAACUGUCUUGAUUAUGGACAAGUGUGUUAUGUGUGUGUUUGAAAAGUUAUUUGUAUAAUUAACGAUUGGAGCUUGUGACAAUGUUCCAAACAUGAAAAGGUGAAAUCUGUAGAAAGUUUGUUCAGAAAUGAAACAUUUAAGAUUUAUUAUGCAUUGCAGUGGCUUGUUCUUUGAUAGUGUGUUCAUUUUCUAAGUGUAUUGACCUGUACAGCAUUCAUGUAAAGAAAAACAACAUAAAAAUUAAUAAAUGUUUUUAUAUUUUUUA